AUGUCGUCUCUGUUUACUCGUAUAAGUAAAGGUCAUUUUCUGGGAAAGGGUGGAAAUGGAAAGGUGUUUGAGGCACAUAGCAAGAACGGUGACAAGCAGCUUGUCGUAAAACAAGGUCGGUGGUGGAGUCAACAUUGCGAAACCCCGCCAGAGAUAGCUAACACUUGCCUUAUGCAACAGAUGGGCGUACGAGGUAUCAACCACAUGGUCGAUUGUGAGAUUUACCAUGACAAGACCAAAAAUGGAGCGAGCAAUUACAGCGUGGUAUUUGAAAGAAUGCCAAUGGACCUAUUUACCUAUGUGGAAAAGUUUGAUAUCCCUGAGCCUGUGGUGAAAGACAUUAUGUGGCAAAUCAUUUUGAUUCUUUGUGAAAUGGACAGCAAGUGCCAAUUGAUGCACAUGGACAUGAAACCAGAGAAUGUGUUGAUCGAUCCAGACACCAUAGAAGUUCGCCUAUGUGAUUUAGAGUUUUGCGUGCCAACUGAUGACGAGUGCAUAUCUUUGAAAUCAUAUGAAGUUUCCACACCUGCCUAUCGUGCUCCUGAGAGACAGUUCAAGGUAUGCUUCCCUCGUAAGUCUACAGUCUGGUCACUGGUAUAA